GUUUCUUUAACACAGCAACAACAACUUCGCGGGUUGGAGGCUGCUUUGAAAUAAUAGACUGGUUGGGAGCGGUGCAAGGCGGAGUUCCUUGCUUUGCCACUUUCGUUCGGGAUUUUCCUCUCUUACUUGCACCAUAAGUCAAACAUCCGUCGCCGUCCACAGCAAGGUCAUAAUAAUAUGGCCGCCUAGAAACAGCUUGAUAUCAGAGCCUAUAUACCCUUACUAUCUUCUCACUCAACGCGGAGUGCACCGUUAUAUUGAACUAUUUGGAGCUUGCUAAUGCAAGAACUAUGCUUGAAGAUUUCCUCCAACUCUUUAUGAUUUAAUCCCGCGCUCACUUUCGUCGUCAUGUCGGCAAUCGAUUUUAACGCCUUGAAGGCACGGACUUUGGGCUCUGGGAACGACGAAGAGGCUGUAACUGUCAACACCCGCGCUCUCAUAGAUAAAGUGUUGGCUCGAUACUCUGGAGAAUGGACCGUCCUCCGUGAGCUACUUCAAAACGCAGCUGAUGCCUGCGCCUCAAACGUUACUAUCAAGUUCGAAACUCUUCCUUCAACGAGCGUCCCGGCCCCGACUGAGCCCGAUCCGUCGGCUUCUCUAAAACAUGUGAUAUCUCACCACACGCUCAAACGUUUGAUACUCACCAACAAUGGAACUCCCUUCUCUCCAAACGACUGGGCUCGGCUUAAGCGGAUUGCCGAGGGGAAUCCGGAUGAAACCAAGAUAGGAGCGUUUGGAGUCGGGUUUUACAGUGUCUUUUCGGAUUGCGAAGAGCCCUUUGUAUCCUCUGGUUCGGAAGCUAUUGCAUUUUACUGGAAGGAGAAUGCCCUGUUCACCCGUCGGCUAAAAUUAGGGGAAGCUGAUUCAAGCCCGAAUACGAACUUCGUUCUGGAUUAUAGAAAUACCACAUCGCCGGUCCCCGCUCUUAUGCCUUUGUGCCAGUUUCUCGCCAGUGCUCUAACCUUUGUUGGGUUGGAAUCUGUCGAGCUUUGGCUUGACGGCUGGAAACUGGCGCAUCUAGCUAAGAAAGUUGCACCAAGUGUUAAUAUAGAGAUACCCAGAGAUGUUCAGACCAAAACUAAUGAGGAGCUUAUGACAGUAUCCAGCGUGCUACAGGAAGUUGCUCAAAUGAAUGCGACAUGGAUGGAAGCAGUGUCGUGGAAAACCCCAAGCAAUGCGUCCCGUUUCGACAGCUCCAGACAUCAUGAUCCUACAGCGUCGUUGAAAUCCUUCUUUUCCCGCCUGACUGGGUCGUCCUCGACUAACAACUCUACCAAUACAGCCAACCCCGAUAAAGCAAGCAAAAAUGAAGCCAAGGAAAACUUGCUUGCCACGAAAACAUCAUCGGUAUUAUUUCACAUUAGCACUGGGACUAUCAAAACGUCCGUUGUUCCGUCAUUUGCUCGCGAACUUGAACGAGCGACAAAGAAACCCCCACCGAAGACGACGACCCUUGCUGUUCUAACGGCAUCAUAUGAUUUACGAAAACCCGGACAGAACAACAACCCGAGGGAUACAGAUAUUUUUGCGUCUGUUCUACCCUCAAAGUCUGGGAGAAUUUUUAUUGGCUUUCCUACACACCAGACUACUGGCUUAAAUGCACAUAUUUCUGCACCAUCGGUGAUCCCGACUGUUGAGAGAGAGAGUAUUGAUCUCAAUGCCCGAUGGGUUCGCACUUGGAACGUAGAACUCUUAAGAGCGGCAGGAAUCGUGUGUAGGAUUGCCUUCUCUGCCGAAAUGUCGUCCCUCAAUAGCCGGAUCCAGGCUGGAGUAAGCCCUCUUGGCCGAUCGAAGAUUCGGAAGGACGAUAUAGCUCUGCUAUUACCGGAGGCAGUACAUACUUUUAACCAGUUUGUUUUCCGUGAAUCGACUCCAACAUCGCAGGUUGGCCAGGUAAUUGAAGAUUCGUUCUGGACCUGCAGCAAAAAUGCUAUGAUUGAGGUAUUAUCCACCUGUGGAAUCCUCCCGUGUCACCAGGUGCGAGUUGCACCCAAGGACCUUAGUUUCAUGGACUCUAUACCGGUAAUACCAGACGAGCUUAUGGCAGGCGCAAAGGAUUUUGUGAAGCGCUUGACAGAUUUCGGUCUUGUCACUGACAUCACCGUAUCGGAUAUUAUCAAAGAGUUGGAGUCGAGUCCUCUUACCCCAAAGCAACUGGAAGAAUUUUUGUUGUGGGUGACCAAGAAAGCUUCCAGCCGCGAAAUCGAUCUUUCGACAGUUCGGUCUUUACUGCGAGUGGCAGUAGCAAAUGACGAACCGCUCGACGCCACUACAUCCCGUGUCAUUGUCCUUAGCGAUGUGAAUAGUUUCCUAAAUCCGAAUAAAAUUCCCGUGGAAUUACCAAUGCCACCGUCGGUCAUGCCAUUCAAGUACACGAAAAAUCUGCCAAAAUACCACCUGGAGGCUUUAGGGUGGAAUGAAUUGCAGGUUUCUACGUGGAUUACGUGGCUGGUAGAAAAUGCGAAGAAUAGGGACUUGCUUCGCUCGGACCAAGAUAUUACUCAAAUAGCCUCAUUUGCUGCCCAGGUGCUCCCGGUGUUAUCUAGACAAUGGGAUAGCUUAGGUGUAGCUACACAAGGUACCCUCGUUGGUCUUCUACGAAAUAUUACGAUCAUCCCCACAAAAUCUGGGAUGAAAAGGCCACCUGAAACAUAUUUCCCGUCUGUAAGGUUAUUUGAUGAUUUACCUGUGGUCACAGGCCUAAACAACGUCAAGGAGAAAUUCCUCGGGGCCUUGGGCGUUCGGAAGACAGUUGAACUUAACGUUAUUUUCGAACGGCUGUUGAACAAUGACGAUGUACCCACUGACAGAACCCCAGCCCGCAAGAAGUGGAGUCACGUUGAUUUGAUCAAGUACCUAACUUCUGUUCGAGACGAUAUUCCACCAGAAGACAUUCAGAAGUUGAAAGAAGCGAGAAUAUGCACCGCUGUAACCAAUGGAAAUGCCAACAUGGAUGGUAUACGAUAUAAAGUUAGCGAGCUUUAUGCGCCGGAUGAAUCAGUAAGGGCUCUUGAGCUACCAAUACUCUAUUGGCCGGGAAGGUAUUCACCAAGCAGUUCCGAGGGACGGUUUCUAACCCUCCUAGGUCUCAAGAGCUUUCCAUCAGCUAAGGAGGUGUUACAACUUAUGGCCUGGGCAGCCUCGGCUGACAACGCCAAGCUCCGAGAUAAGGCGAUGACCUAUUAUAUAACGAACCAUAUUUCCAAUGGAUAUGUCAAUUUUGAGGCAUCCACGGUUAACAUGCCAUUCCUUCCAGUUGAAGGGCAAACCAAGCUCAGUACACCGAAACAUUGUUUCACCGAUGAUGGAGCUACCUUAUUCGGGUUUGAUCUCCUAAAAAGAGAGCUUCACCCUCAUGCCUCGAAAUUUGGAGUCAGCCAGCAUCCGUCACUUAGUGGCUGUAUUGACAUUCUUGUUGGCAAGCCCCCGUCCUCGAAAAAGGAAGCUAGGAUUUUGUUCGAAUAUUUUGCAAAACGUCUAGGAGAGAUCAAUUCACCUCGAGCGGAGCGCCUUGGUCAAGCACGCAUUGUCCCCGUAACCCGGAAGACGUCAAAUUCCAGCAGUUUUUUUCCAAAUGAGAAGUCUUCACCAGUUACUUAUAUUGCACCACGAGAUUGCUAUCUCGGCGAAAGUGAUGACUACGGAGACAUCUUUGAUUUUGUUGACUUUGGACAGGAAGCCAACUUGUUUCUUCUUGCGUGUGGCUCGAAGCGGGAACCGACCAAGGCUGAAGUUGCGAGCAUGUUGGUCAAGGAACCAGCCAGAGUAUCCGCAAAGCUUCAAAGCCCUGACAAAUAUUUGAAUCUACUGCGAAGUGUCGCUGAGAGCAUUCACUUGUUGAAGAAGAACAGAGAUUUGUUCAGGGACAUGAAGACAGCACCAUUUCUACUCGCGAGCAAAGAAUUACCUUCCAAACCGACUGCUUCUCGCAAACCUAACGAACAAUUGAUAGAUGUCGAUGAUGAAACUUAUGAAGACGAGACGCAAGGCAUUAAGGAAUGGCAACUUGUAAAAGCUCGUGAUGCUAUUAUCGUCGAUGACUAUGCUAGUUUUAGCUUGUUUAAGCAAAAUAUCCUUGCGGCCCCGCAAGAGGAGCUGCUGGAAGAUAUGUAUGUAGCCCUUGGCACACCAUGCUUGAGUGAGCUUGUGGAGGAGCAACCCCGAUGUGGCGCACUGGCACCCGAUCAGCGCAUUGCAGUAAAAUUGCAGAAGCAAAUUUACGAGCGGUCUCGUUUAUUCCUCCAUGACUUGCCUCGUGAGAUGAUCAAACAUGAUACCAAGUGGCUGGAGAAAAACCUGUCCGUUCAAGUUGUGCAGUCUAUCUCCUUGAGGCGGUCCCUUAAGGGGCGCCAUGCUUCACAUGUUGAACAACGGAGCGCUGCUGUGAUGCAGACCCGAGCCGGCUGGGUAUUAUCGAUAGCGGCUGGUCGAGCAGAUUUAUACCAAGUGAGUCAGGCACUUGUCCAUCUCAUUCUCAAUAGGCCGAAAUUACACUCAACACUCACACUGGAGAUGUUGCUCAAAACCGAUCUCCUCGAGCUACGUGCUCGAGGGUAUAAUGUCGAGCGUAUACUACGCCAGAAGGCUGCUGAAGCCAGGAUGGCGGAGACCAAGCGUCAACAGCAGCUAGAAGCAGAGUUAAAACAAAUACAAGAGAGCGAAGUUGCUUGGAGGAAACACCAGCAAUCUGAACAGCAACAAGAUCAACACAAACAGCAGUCGAUGCCUGGAGAUUUUCCUAGUUCUUCCCCACCUCAUGACCGAAAGUCUAGCCAUGACGCAGCAUCUUCAGAAGCAACAUCAUCCCGCCCAAAGAGUGGAAGAGGGCUUUUCUCUGAUCUCACUCGUCGCUUUGGAUUGGAAGAUCUCUCGCGAUCAAACAAUCCGGUACAAUCCGCCCUACAAGGUUUCCGCGAUAGGGCACAGCGUCCUACCUCUUCAUCCGACGCGCCUCCACCGCCAUACAGUACUAACGAAACGGGUUCGACACGACAUCCCAAUCCUCAAAACGUGACAUCACCCCACACACUCCAAUCAAACCUGAUGUUUGCCAUCCAAGCAUGUCGACCGCAUGGAUCGUCCACACUCUACAGCUGUGGCGAGCAAAAUAAAGUCAUGGAGACCAAAUCAUAUUGCGACGAGCGACCCAGCCAUGACCUCUUAUUUGCUGCCGACUCCGCCUCCGGAAUUCGGAUAUUCGUGACAAAAACUGUCGACAAUUGCUCUACGUUUCUAACCGCAAAUUCUGAUGGCCUUAAUGCUUUCGCGUCAAUAUUGGUAGAUUGCGCUAGCGUGUUUUCGCUCCGGUUAGACAGCGUCAGCAUAUUUUAUGACCCUGCUGGUAGGACCAUUGCGUUUAACAGCCGGGGUAGCAUUUUCUGCAAUUACCUCUAUUUCCAGCAGCUGCAUCAGUCGCGAAUGCUGGACGGUGGGCCGGAGAGUCGCGAGGAGGCGCUGGUGUACUGGUGGGUCAUCUUCUGCCAUGAGCUGGCUCAUAAUCUGGUUGCGGACCAUAGCUCGGAUCAUAGUUUUUAUACUGAAGGUUUUGUUGCGCAAUACUUUGCGAAAGUUACACGGAAAAUCGCAGAGUACAUGGCAACCCCGACUGUAGCGGCUGCGUCCCCAGGCCUCUCUUCUCCCGCUGCCCCCGCUAAACGAUAAUUUUCGUUUGUGCUAUUUCCUCGCUCACUAUCAUGCAUGAUACACAUUAGAUAUUUACAAUUAAUCGUUGCGACGCAAUGCAAACAAGUAUGAGCCAAAGCAUCUAGAUCUGUAGACUCAUUUUUUGAGGCGUUGGGCGUUGUGGGAUGCAGAUGAUGAAUAACCCCUCUCAGACAUGUACAACACUAUGUAUGUAUGUAUAUCAUGAAGCGCACUAGGCCAAUGAUGAUAAUUGGAUAGAGAAUAUACUCGUCCCUUCAGCACUUUGGGCAAUAGCCCCCGCCAUCCUCAAAUCCAUCCCCUGAAUAAAGUAUUGGCUUCUCAGGGGUAAUUCAAUAUCACGUGAUCAAAUAUUUUGCCAAUCGGAGGCAAUUUCUCAGAGAAAGUCUUAUUAUUAGACCCAAAUCUCAGCACCCUGUUCGGACGAAGAGAUAUGCACAUAGUUGGCUGCUUAAAUAUAUAUAUAUAGUCC